AUGUACCAAAUGCAAAGUAUUUUGACAGCAUGUUUUGCUCCAGAUACUAAGCUUCCUAAAGACUGGUUUAGGAACCAAAGCACACAAGAACUUUUGAGUGAAAUUCCUCUAGACCGAGAAAAACCGGUCUUGCCUAAAACUCAUGAAAACAGUGAAGAACAGCGAGUAGGUAAAAAAACCUGGUCGCCAAAACUCUAUGAAAAUCGUGAAGAACAGCGAGUAGGUAAAAAACCGGUCUUGCAUAAAACUCUAUGA